CAUCAAUGGCAAUGCUUUCAACUGUUGCAAAACGCACUGUUUUCUCAAUCCCAUUAACCAAACACACAUUAUCCUUCUCAUCUUCUUCUUCUUCUCCACAACAUUUGACUGCAAAGGAAGAUGAAACAUUAGUCUCAACUGCAAUAACAAUCCUCAAACAUCAUCGUUCUAAAUCACGUUGGUCCGAAAUUCUUUCUUUAACUCCUCACUUCACUCCAUCCCAAGUCUCCCAAAUCAUUCUUCAACUCCGUAACACACCUCAUCUAGCCCUUCGUUUCUUCAACUUCACAAUCCAACGGUCCAUAUGCAAUCACAAUCUUUAUUCCUAUGCCACCAUUAUUCAUAUACUCUCUCGUUCCCGCCAUAAAUCACAAGCCUUAGAGUUAAUCAAGUGCGCCAUUCGUAAAUUUCAAGAUUUGUCAAACCCACCUCAGAAAUUUCAAGAUUUAGCAAACCCACCUAGGAAAUUUCAAGAUUUGUCAAACCCUCAAGAUUUAGCAAACCCACCUCAGGUAUUUCAAGAUUUAGCAAACCGGCCUGGAAAAUUUCAAGAUUUAGCAAACCCACCGGGGAAAUUUCAAGACUUAGCAAACCCACAUGGGAAAUUUCAAGAUUUUGCAAAACCACCUAGGAUUUUUGAAAUCUUGGUUAAAACUUAUAGAAUUUGUGAUUCAGCUCCAUUUGUGUUUGAUUUGUUAAUCAAAGCUUAUUUGGAUUCUAAAAAGAUGGAUCUUUCUGUUCAACUUGUGAGGAUUUUGGGUUCUAAGGGUAUUUUUCCUCAUGUUGUUAUAUGCAAUUCUUUGAUUGAGUUGAUUGCAAAAAAUCGAGGUCCUUUUGAUGCUUAUGAUAUGUAUAGGGAAAUCUUUAGAUAUGAGAAAGGGAAGGGGAAAUGUGUGAUCGCGAAUGCUUAUACGUUUAACGUUCUUAUGGUUGCUUUUCAUAGAGAAGGAGUAGUGGAGAAGGUUGAGGAGGUUUGGAAGGAAAUGAUGGAAAGAAAUUGUGCCCCGAAUGCGUAUAGUUAUAGUGUUUUAAUGGCCGCGUAUUGUGAGGAUGGGAAGAUGGACAAUGCUAUGAAAGUUUGGGAGGAAAUGGGUGAAAAGGGUGUGAAGCAUGAUAUUGUAGCGUAUAAUACUAUAAUUGAGGGGUUUUGUAAAGUUGGUGAGAUUGAGAGAGCUGAGGAGGUGUUCAGAGAGAUGGUUUUCGCUGGGGUAGAAUGUACUUGUGUUACUCUUGAGCAUCUCAUUAAUGGACAUUGUAUGAGCGGGAAUGUUGAUGCAGCUCUAGUCUUGUAUAAGGAUAUGUGUCGAAAGGGCUUCAAACCAGAGAGUUCAACAAUAGAUGUAGUGGCUGAGGUGCUCUGUGACAAAAGUGGAGUUUUUGAGGCCUUGGAAUUUGUGACAACUGCAAUAAAGAAACACGAUAUUGUACCAAGGAAGACAACAUAUGAACUUCUGAUACGGAGCUUGUGUAUGGAGGGGUGGAUGGAAGAAGCUCUGAAACUUCAGGUGGAGAUGGUGGGGAAAGGAUUUGCUCCAAAUUUGGAAAUAUAUAGUGCUUUCAUUGAUGGGUAUAUCAAACAAGGGGAUGACAAAAAGGCUGAAACUUUGAGGAAUGAAAUGCUUAGGAAUAAGAUAACAUGUGAAGACAGCUAGAUGUUGUAAGACAUGCAGAGUUUUAGCCAAAUCUGAAAUCAUGAGUUCGGGCUAUAAGGUUAAGAACAGACAAGGCGACUUUUCGAAAGUGCAAGUCUGUCUGUAAAUCAAAGCAAGGUACUCUCUGAACUGCGCCUUCAUUAUUCGUCGAAUAUGAACACUGCAUUCUUGCUGAAACAGUUCUGUCCCCUGCUGGAGGGAAUCUUAUGAUGAUUUUUGCUACUCUUCAACUGAAUAAUGAAUUCAAGAAGAGUACCUUUCUGCGGGUGGUACUUGACUGAGGACAUCGUUUAAUGGUUUAUGAAUAUGAGCACCGCCUAACUGCUUGAGGAGUUCUCACUACAGGUCAGGCUCUUAAGAUAAUGCAUCCUACUCUUUCCUGCAGUAUUCCGGCAUUAUUUUUCUGUCCGGUGAUAGCCUGUAGUAUGAGUUAACAGUGUAGAUGCCUCUACUAUGCCCUUUCCAUGUCAGUUUAUCUUCUUCAGCUGAAAAGGCUCCAGUGUUUUAUAAAACUCAGCAGCUCUUGAAGUAUCCCAGUCACUAAAAUGUCUUCAAAAAAUGAAGAUUCAAGCUUCAGAGUUUCUGCAUUCUGCUACUGUUACAUCAGGAAAUCGAACAAGAUUGAAAAGAUUUAGAGUGAAUUUCUAUUCUUAAUCUUCCAUAACAUGUGAUAUCUAUACUAAGUAUCAAUGCUAAAAAUCAGUUAUAUGAGAAGAGCACAUUGUCUGCUCCCUCUUAUACUUAUCAGUAUAUUGUUCUAUAAUUAUCUUGUUCUUUGAAUUUAUUACUACUGUUGUUUUUUUCA